AUGCACGACUUGGGCAUCCUCUUGAACCAAUUCGGAACUCUCGCCGUCGACUUCAGGACCGAGGCGGAUCUCUUCAAGAGCACGUCGUCAGCCCUGCAGCUGGCCAUCACCCAGACCGUGGAGAUGGUCAAUCAUCGCGAGGACGCAUGGCGUCGUCGUCUGGAACGCGAGGCUGAGCGUCGUCGAGCCGUGGAGCGUCAGCUCAAGUCGGCCCAGGACGCGGUGUCGUCCCGUCUCAAUUCGUAUCUCACCGCGCGCCGCAACGCGGGCGUUGUGCGCAUGGGUCCAGGCAAGGCCCACCAGCGGAGCCACAGCCACGGGGGGCAGCAGCAGUUCGGCCACCUCUUGCCACAUUCUAGCACCGCACUGACCGGCAAGAUGUUCAUUGUCGACGAGGGAGGCCCUGAUUUCGCCGAGGGUGGAUCUGAAUACAAUGUCACUGAAGAACACUUCUACGAUGCUAUUGAUGCCCAGAUCGAUAAGAUGCAUCGUAUUGACAACCACUUGAUUUUUCCCCUUAACCCGUGUCACUACUGCUUGUUCUCUCCCCCGCCUAUAGAAGACGAAGCCUGCUUGAUGGCGCUCAAGUCAGUGGGGGAUAAGCUUCGCUCUGCCGACGCCAUGCCCCCCACCCACCCUCUGUACCCGGAGGUGGCGAAAAUUUGCGAGGAUCGCAUGGGCAUCCUCCGUGGCGGCUUUCCUUGCUCUAACGGUGACGUCGGUAGCGUCAACAAUGGCUGGACCAUCCUUGCCAAACAGGGCGAAAUGACAAUUUACAACCGGGAAGUUGAGUCUGCAGACGGCUCAUACUUGGAUCCACUACAGGUACGUCAUCUCCUGUGUCCGGAUAUUCUCCUUGACCUCCACCUUCUUUUUCCUCAGCCCCUCUUCUUCGAAUGUGACAACGUGUCGCAAACUCCGAUACUAAAUACCAAGGGAACCCAAUCGGUUGUUGAGAGUAGAGCUGCCCUGGAGUGCUCAACGUCUUCAAAACCACCCAUCAAAUUAAUUAACCUAAAUGCUGUGCAUUCGGUAAACAACAUAACCGCGCGCGAAAUGUGCGACGCCUUCUGGGACGUGCAGUACCGCCUGGAUUGGGAGAUCACGGUCGACCAGGCGCCUACCGUUAUCGAGGUGUGCGGCGACGACACCGUCCUUCAAUAUCAGGUUAGUCGAAUGUCUGCAGUUCGCCAGCAUUCUAAUGCGUGUGCGCUCAGUGUUUACAAACGCGUGUGGCCCGCGACCCAGCGUGAUUCCCUGUUCUGGUCGCACAUGCGCCGUCUGGACUCGAGUCAGUUUCCAAGCGAAGACGUCAACUCAGAGGGUCUGGUGGUUCUGGACACCUGGAUGGUGGUGAAUUUCUCCACGAAGUACGGCGAGGACCGUCUGCCACCCGGAGCCAAGACGCCGUCCUUCAUACGCAUCGAAGUCGACGUGGAGAUGUUCUGCCAGACGCUCUGGCGACCGCCCUCCGACCUCGACACGACCAACCUCAGUGCCGAGGAGUGGGACGAGAUCAAGUCCACGAAGGUCUCCAGGGACGAGGUGCGCUGUCGCCUGCUCUACGCGUCGCAAAUCAACCCGGGUGGGUGGGCCCCAGCGGCUGUCGUUCGAACCAUGGCCCGCAGGGAGUAUCCCCACUUCCUCGAAAGAAUCAGCAACUUCGUGAUUAGCCAAAAUGCAGAGAAGCCACUGAAAUUUUGA